CAACACAUUCAAACAUUGGAUGGAAGAAUGAAGUUUAGAAAGUGUCUAAAGAAGAAUAUUGUAGGACACUGGCGAGACAAGUACAUUGACUAUGAGUACUUGAAAUCGUUGAUAAAUGAUCCGGCCAGACUACCUCCUCAACACCAGACUUCAUCAUCCUCUCUUCUGAGGAUGUCUGGUGGAUCAGUCUCAAAUGAAAACGUGUCAUCAACCCCAACUCCUGGCAAUUCCACAGACCAACUUUCAUUGGACAUUUCACCAGACUUUGGAGAUAAGUCUACAUCGAAUACAAGUUUCCUGGUCGAAUAUAUAAAGGAGGUGGACAAGAUUGAUAGUUUCUAUCACUCACGAUACAUCAAGUUCAUCAACAAGUGUGAUGAGUUGGAGAAGAUGGUCCAGUUUGUGGUGUCAAAUGUCCAGGUAAUCAACAAGAGAAACACAUAUUACAUCAAGAAUGGAUACAGAGACUUGUAUAGAAGUCUAUCACUACUUGAAUCAUUUGGAGAGAUCAAUAGGAGAGGCUUUGAGAAGCUCCUGAAGAAGUGUGACAAAGACAAUGAGGCGGUCUCUCAUCAAUGUAGAGAAUACUCCCAACACAAGUCCUUCUGGGAGGGGAAGGAGGCUUCAUUCCAGCUGCAUCAGAUCAGAUUGGUCUACGCAAGGUACUUCACAGGUAAUGACUUUAAGUUGGCCAAGGAGUCAUUACGUACACAACAACCAGGAGAGAAUACGAGGAGCCUCUUCCUGGUUGGUAUUCAGAUUGGACUCUGUCUGAUCUUGACAAUCAUCAACAUAUACAUCUAUAUGAUAUACUAUCCACGAGCCAAUCCACCACACGAUGCACCAAUGGCAUGGUUAUUGUUCCGAAUCUCCCUGUUGCCCAUACUCCUUGGACUUCUGUUCGCCAUGCAGACAUUCAUAUGGGAUCGCACUGGCAUCAACUAUGUCUUCAUAUUCGAUUUGAAGCCAGAGUAUUCCAGGUCCACAAUCAAAUACCUCCAGUAUGGCCUUUUCUUCAUUAUGUUUUGGCUAAUCAGCUUCUUCUUGUAUAUUGAGAGCUCAUCAAAUCGAUCAAUGCUUAGGUAUGUAAUAAUGUUCCCAUUAAUAUUCAUUGGACUAUCACUGCUUGUAACAAUCAAUCCAUUCCCGAUAAUGGCACAUAAGACCAGGUUCUGGGUACUUACUAGGAUAUCCAGGGUAGUCCGUGCACCAUUUGUACAAGUCACAUUCUCCGAUUUCUUCAUGUCCGUUCAAUUAUUGACAUUGUCAGAGUUCUUCUUCAAUAUCCAAUCAAUGAUAUGUGUAUUCAACCAUGCCGAGUUAUAUCAAGAUGAGUUAUCAUUCUGUAAUGAGACUAUCAAUCUUGCUUUCCCUCUACUCAAUGGAUUGCCAUAUUACUUCCGAGUGAUGCAGUGUGUUCGUCGCUAUUAUGAGACCCGACAGUUCUUCCCUCAUAUGACCAGUGCCAUCCGUUCAAUCAUCUCCAUAAUCAUACUUGUCCUAUCAUAUUUAACGUUGAUCACAACAUGUAGAGAAUGGAGUCCACUUAUGAUCACAUGGUUCUUGGUCAACAGUAUUGGAAGUAUGUACAAAUGGUAUGCGGAUGUGGCCGUCGACUGGGGCUUCUUCCUGGACUACUCCAAGAACAAAGCCUUCCCUCUGAGAGAGAAACUGUAUUUUAAGAGGAAAUGGAUAUAUUAUAUUGCCAUUGUUACAGACCUGAUGUUCAGGUAUAUGUGGCUAUUGGUAUUCUUAAUAAGGAAGAACACCCAGCAUAGAUUGGAUCAUCCUUUAUUCCUUUUCUUCUAUUCCAUGGGCGAGUUGGUGUGGUCGGCUCAGUUCAUCUUCUUCCGUGUGGAAGCAGAGCACUGUCAAACCGCCGACAAGUAUAGUCUAUUCGUAGACAUACCAGCACCAUUCAGCGACGAGUACAACCAAUACCUCUUGAGUAAACAGGUUUUGGAUACAAAAGAAAGUACGCUGCCCGAU